CAGUUAAGAUUUUCACUAAUAUGAUCAGUGUGAUAUGAAUUUAUUUCUUGCUCAUAAGGGCCUGAAUUGGUAUUAAUAUCUGCAUUUUAGUCUAUGGAUGAAGUAAUUUGAUAUUACAUUGACUGGCAUUAAUGCUAGUAGAUAUAUCUCUAUUCUCAUAGAAGGUAAAACUUUCCUUUUCCAUAAUCUCUAUGGCUCUUGUUUGUAUCACCGCUCGAUCAUACUUCCAAACAAAUAAAGUAAAAAUAAGAUAGAGGAUAUAAUUUUGAGGUGUAAAUGUCCCUUAUCUUGAGGAGGAAGCAUAAUGUUUUCUGAUUGUCUAUUUGUCAUUUAUCAAGUUCUAGAAAGAUCACUAACACUUUUUUUUAAUCUCAGUUCCUGGAAUAAUCUACGGAGAUCUUGUAUUUUUUGGUUAGAUCGAACUAGUUUUUAGGCGACCGGUGUUUUUGUUGAGCAAUGGCUUCCUCAUUGAUCUCAACAAGGAGAUAUUGGGCUUUUUUCAUGUAUAUUGUUCUGGUUUCUCAUGCCAGUAAUGGUUUUUAUCUUCCUGGAAGCUACAUGCAUACAUAUUCAACUGGUGAAGAAAUCUUAGUCAAAGUGAAUUCAUUGACUUCGAUUGAAACUGAACUUCCAUUCAGCUACUAUAGUCUUGUUUACUGCAAGCCUCCAGGUGGAGUCAAGAAAAGUGCUGAGAAUCUAGGAGAGUUGCUCAUGGGAGAUCAGAUUUACAACUCCCCCUACAGAUUUAGGAUGAAUGUCAACGAGUCUAUUUACCUGUGUACUACUCCGCCCCUAAAUGAGCAUGAGGUAAAGCUGUUGAAGCAGAGAACACGUGAUCUGUAUCAGGUUAACAUGAUUCUGGAUAAUUUACCUGCUUUGAGAUAUGCCCACCAAAAUGGGCUCAAAAUUCAGUGGACUGGGUUUCCAGUUGGCUACUCACCACAAAACAGUAACGAUGAUUACAUAAUCAACCAUCUUAAAUUCAGGGUUUUAAUUCAUGAGUAUGAGGGUGCUGGAAUUCAGAUAAUUGGUACUGGUGAAGAAGGUAUGGGUGUUAUUUCAGAGACUGAUAAGAGUAAAGCAUCUGGUUUUGAGAUUGUUGGUUUCGAGGUGGUUCCAUGCAGUGUCAAGUAUGAGCCAGAAAUGACAAAACUCCAUAUGUAUGACAAUCAUUCGUCAAUAAGUUGUCCACUGGAGCUUGACAAGUCUCAGAUAAUAAGAGAGCAAGAAAGAGUGUCUUUCACUUAUGAGGUUGAAUUUGUUAAAAGUGAUACUAGAUGGCCAUCUCGAUGGGAUGCUUAUCUGAAGAUGGAUGGUGCCCGAGUCCAUUGGUUCUCAAUUCUCAACUCUUUGAUGGUAAUCUUUUUCUUGGCUGGUAUUGUUUUUGUUAUCUUUUUGAGAACAGUUAGAAGGGAUUUGACCAAGUAUGAGGAACUGGAUAAAGAGGCUCAGGCACAGAUGAAUGAGGAGCUUUCUGGUUGGAAGCUUGUGGUGGGUGAUGUUUUCAGAGAGCCAAAUCACUCAAAGUUACUGUGUGUGAUGAUUGGAGAUGGGGUUCAAAUUACUGGAAUGGCAGUUGUCACUAUUGUUUUUGCUGCAUUUGGUUUCAUGUCACCAGCUUCACGAGGCAUGCUGCUAACAGGCAUGAUAUUGCUUUAUCUUUUUCUGGGAAUUGCUGCUGGUUACGUUAGUGUGCGUGCUUGGAGAACAAUAAAGGGUACUUCGGAAGGUUGGAGAUCGGUUGCAUGGACAACUGCAUGCUUCUUUCCUGGGAUUGUCUUUGUCAUCCUCACUGUGCUGAAUUUCAUUCUUUGGGGAAGCAACAGCACUGGCGCACUCCCCAUCUCAUUAUAUUUCAUUCUCAUAUCGCUUUGGUUCUGUAUUUCAGUGCCUCUCACCCUCUUGGGAGGAUACCUCGGCACUCGAGCUGAGCCUAUUCAAUAUCCUGUGCGGACUAACCAGAUUCCUAGGGAGAUCCCUGCACGCAAGUAUCCCUCUUGGCUUCUUGUUCUUGGUGCUGGAACUCUGCCAUUUGGAACCCUCUUUAUUGAACUGUUCUUCAUCCUCUCUAGUAUUUGGCUUGGACGAUUUUACUAUGUUUUUGGUUUUCUGCUUAUUGUCCUCCUCCUGUUGGUUACUGUUUGUGCUGAAGUUUCAGUUGUGCUCACUUAUAUGCACCUUUGUGUGGAGGAUUGGAUGUGGUGGUGGAAAGCCUUCUAUGCAUCAGGUUCUGUUGCUCUAUAUGUGUUCCUGUACUCCAUCAACUACCUGGUUUUUGACCUUCAGAGCUUGAGUGGCCCAGUAUCAGCUAUACUUUACCUUGGCUACUCUUUGAUAAUGGCUGUCGCAAUCAUGCUUUCAACUGGCACUAUUGGCUUCCUCACAUCAUUUUACUUUGUGCAUUAUCUUUUUGCAUCAGUGAAGAUUGACUGAACAGGUGUGCAGAGCCGUGAUUACUAUUGUUUAGAUGGCUAAAGAAAGACCUGUUGUGCAUUGUGGAACUUUACCUAGUCCUGCCAGAAAGAGUAUCUAAAAUUGCAGUGAGGGACAUUUGUACUUCUCUAUUUUACUGUUAUGUUCUGCGGCUAGAUAUUUUGUUAGUCCAAAAGCUAUUGUUUAGUAUUUUUAUCUUUCAUCGUGUUUUAAUUACAUUUCCCCCUAUUUCUUGUAUCUUUACAACCUCUAUUUUCAAUGGGAAAAUUACCAGAGAACUCAUUGUAUCUUUGAAAUUGAAAAGGAAGAUAGGUUUAAGAUGGUUUUGUUA